AUGCAAGUUAGAAUCCGGGUCAGCAAUGGAACUUAUGUACGCUGCGAAGAAAUACCAAAUUGUAGAACUAGAAAGAAGGUGCAUAGAGUUCUUGAGAUAUCGGUCGAUAACGUUUGCUGUAUUCUCACUGAGUCAAGUAGAAUUUGUCCUGACGAAGAAUUUGAAGAGAAAUGUCUGCAAUUUAUCAUGAAACACAGCUCAGACGUUAUAGAAUCCGCCGGGUUUUGUUCACUUUCCGAGGAAUGCUUGAGGAAAAUACUCGAAUCUGAUGGCAUGUCUGCUCCAGAGAAAGAUAUUUACAAGGCAUGCAAGAGAUGGGCAUUAGAAACAAUUCGACAAAAGGGGAAUUAUGAAUUAGAUAACCUAUGUAUUGAGAGUAAAGGCAAUGAAGAGCUGAGGAAAACUCUAGGUGACCUGGUAUAUCUUAUACGAUUUACAAACAUACCGAAAGAAAUGUUCUCUUCUACAGUUGCCAAAGAAAAUAUUCUAUCCUCAGAAGAAAAGGUGGAAAUAUUUCAAUACAUGCUCGAUAAACCUUUUGAAACACCGCAAGGGUUCCGAUUCAACACUGAGUCAAGACGGGACGUCAUCAGUAAUAAAGUAAUCAAACAGUUUCUUUAUGAUUCGAAUGUGCCUUUCGUAAUCAAGAAGGGUGAACAGCAUGGUAUAAAUUUCAAAAUUUCAAGCGGAUUUGUAAAAUUGGCGGGAAUCAACAUUUUUCGUUCAUAUGACCUUGAAAAACCUUGUCAAGGAAAAAUCACUGUAUUGGAAGGUGAACAAGAAUUGCUAAUAAUGGAUGGUGUCUGUAUAAACUCAUAUGAAGCAGAAAGCUUUUAUUUAUACCGAUGA